GCGGGGCGGGCCCGCAGCGGCGCGUGGCGGCGCUUCCGCCGCGGGGGCACCAUGAACUACAUGCCCGGCACCGCCAGCCUCAUCCAGGACAUCGACAAGAAGCACCUGGUCCUGCUGCGGGACGGGCGGACGCUCAUCGGGUACCUGCGCAGCAUCGACCAGUUCGCAAACUUGGUGUUGCACCAGACUGUGGAGCGCAUCCACGUGGGCAAGAAGUAUGGGGACAUCCCACGAGGCAUCUUUGUUGUGAGAGGAGAGAACGUUGUUCUGCUGGGAGAAAUAGACCUGGAAAAGGAGAGUGAUACACCUCUGCAGCAAGUCUCCAUUGAGGAGAUCCUGGAGGAGCAGCGGGUGGAACAGCAGGCCAAGCAGGAGUCAGAGAAGCUGAAAGUGCAGGCGCUGAAGGAGCGGGGCCUCUCCGUCCCACGGGCAGACACCCUGGACGAGUACUAGAUGUGCUGCCCCUUGGAUCCUCCCUCCACAGCAGAGCCAGGGCUGCUCUCUGGCUGCCUGCACCUGGGCAGGUCUCUUUGGAAAAACAGUUCUUAUUUUCAGAUUGUGUUUGCUGUGGCACAGAUAACUGUUUAAAUGAAAAUCAUGCCUUUGGUUCCUCCUCAUGGAGAAGGAGGAGAGAAGGUGUUUGGCUGCCCUGUGAGGUGGCCAGGCGUGCUGGGGGGCACGAAAGUUUGCGUUCAGGAGGCAAAUCCGUGGUCCUUUGGGUUGGUUUGCAUUUUCCUCCUCACAUGACUCUGGACAAGAGUUUUUCUUGACGUGUAAAUAAAUCCUUCAUCUCAACAA